UCUUUUGUCCAUCUAAGGGAGCUCCUUCUCUCUCUCUCUCUCUGUUUGUCAUCCAUAUACACCUAAAAGAUGAGUGGAUUAAGCUUCAGAAGGCUCGCAUUUAUGCUUUUGUUUGCCUUCCUUGUAUGGUCCUCUAGUACUGGGACCUGCCAUGCUAGAAGAGGCAAGCACUGGAGGCAUAGCAGAGCUGCCUCUGCUUCUCUGUCUAAGAAGAAAGCAAAGAGUCAUGGCAGCGGCAGCCACCACCAUGGUGGUAGUAAAUCAAAACCCAAAGCUCCAUCGCCUCCAAAACAGGAGGUCACUCCACCACCCCCAGAAAAGAAAGGAUCAGAAACCUUUAAUGUGUUAGAUUUUGGUGCCAAGGGCGAUGGAGAUACUGAUGACACAAAGGCCUUCCAAUCUGCAUGGGCCUCCGCUUGUAAAGUAGAGGCAUCCACCAUUGUGGUUCCAUCUGAAUACGUGUUCCUUGUGGGACCAAUUUCAUUCUCUGGCCCUUACUGUGAAGCAAACAUUGUAUUUCAGCUGGAUGGCACGAUUAUCGCUCCAACAAAUGCCAAAGCUUGGGGCUCUGGUCUGCUAUGGUGGAUCGAGUUCACAAAGCUGAGAGGAAUCACGAUUCGAGGGAACGGUGUCAUUGAUGGGAAGGGUUCAGUCUGGUGGCAGGAUUCCCCAUUUGAUGAUCCAGUAGAUGAUGAAGCAAAACUCAUCAUUCCAUUAAACAGGACCGCAAAAGAAAACUCACCAAUCCCAAUAAACAGCAAGCUGGGUAGCAAAAUGCCAAGCACCAAGCCAACAGCACUGAGGUUCUAUGGAAGCUUUAACGUGACAGUCACGGGCAUAACAAUUCAAAACAGUCCCCAAUGCCACCUCAAGUUUGACAACUGCAUGGGAGUCUCAGUCUAUGAAAUGAGUGUCUCAUCUCCUGGUGAUAGCGUCAAUACGGAUGGGAUACACCUACAGAACUCCAAGGACGUCCUAAUUCACGCCACCAAUCUCGCUUGUGGAGAUGACUGUGUUUCUAUACAAACUGGAUGCUCAAAUGUAUACAUACACAAUGUGAACUGUGGGCCAGGACAUGGGAUCAGUAUAGGAGGACUUGGAAGGGAUGGCACCAAAGCCUGUGUCUCCAACAUUACGGUCCGAGACAUCAUUAUGCACAACACAAUGAACGGUGUCAGGAUCAAGACAUGGCAGGGUGGCUCUGGGUCAGUGCAGGGAGUACUGUUCUCCAACAUUCAAGUUUCUGAAGUGGAACUCCCAAUUGUUAUUGAUCAAUUCUAUUGUGACAAGGGGAAAUGCAAGAACCAAACAUCGGCAGUGGCUCUAUCUGGAAUCACCUAUGAGAAAAUAAAAGGGACAUACACAGUAAAACCUGUACACUUUGCCUGUAGUGACAACCUACCAUGCAUGGAUGUAACUCUUACCGGCAUUGAGCUAAAGCCAUUGCAGGAGCGCUACCACAUGUAUGAUCCCUUCUGCUGGCAAACUUUUGGGGAGCUGACCACUCCUACCGUCCCUCCAAUUGAUUGCUUACAGAUUGGGAAGCCAUCAAGCAACCGGAUUCAAUCUGAUCAUGAUUCCUGUUGAACUUAGCCUAGGUAUUUCAUGGUGUAUUCAGUUGUGAGGUUGGCAAGAUUUGCCAACCCCUUUCACACCAUUAGCUAAUGUGGUAAAGAGUGUAUAUUUAGAUAGUACUACUUGAUAGGAAUUCUUUACUAUGGUUGCAUUGAUUUCCAUUGUGCGUGAGUAUACAUGCUUGUUACUAGCAAGAGGCCAACAGUAGAGUGUAAGGCAGCUUUGGUUGCUAUGGUGGACUGUCUCACUGUGAGAUAUUAUACAAGUGCCUGAUUGCCAUAUGAAUAAAUACAUAAAUAAUUGAUAUA